CCUGAAUCUUCUUCCAGGUCGAUGUCGCUCCCACCGUCGAUGUUGGGGGCUUUGGAGAACGCAGACGACUCGGAUUACGAGUACUUUCGGUUGUUUAUCCUGCCAGAGACGCAAACAAAGGCCAAGCGCAAGCACGGGGGUUCAGAGCCUGAAAAGCGUGCCGACAAGGAGCGAAAACGAUCAAAGUGGGGGGAAGAGCUUAUGUCAGACUACUUCGGGGACAAUCCAACCUAUGAUGCCCGAGACUUUCGACGGAGGUUUCGAAUGCGUCGUGAGGUUUUUGAGCGAGUUGUUUAUGCUCUUGUGGAGGACACUGAAAGCAACUAUUUUACACCGAGACCCGAUGCUACUGGUCUUCUAGGCUUUCUACCAGAUCAAAAGGUAACUUGUGCCCUACGUAUGCUCGCUUACGGUGCAUGUGCGGAUCAACUUGAUGAGCUGAUAGGCAUUGGCGAAUCUACGGUACUCCCUACAAUGGAAAAGUUUUGCAGCGCUGUGAUGCGUAUUUUCGGGCCUGACUACCUUCGAAAGCCGACUCCAUUUGACUUAAAGAUACUUUUAGCAAAAAGUGCUGCUCGUGGGCUCCCUAGGAUGAUUGGAAGCCUCGAUUGCAUGCAUUGGGCGUGGAAGAACUGUCCCGUAGCGUGGGCAGGAGCUUUCAAGGGAAAGGAGAAGGCCAAAACGGUAAUCCUAGAGGCUGUGGCGUCGCAAUCUCUCUGGAUAUGGCACGCAUUUUUUGGGACGCCAGGCUCUAAUAACGACUUAAAUGUUCUGGUUCACCACUGUUAGACGACUUGGUAAACAGUGAAGCCCCGACUGUAGCGUUCAGUGUUAAUGGUGCAGUGUAUGACCGAGCGUACUACUUGACGG